AUGACUGACCUGGCAGAGCGCAUGUGCUGGACGUUGAAGGUGCGGGAGAAAGAGGACGGGCUGGACAACGUGGGCGUGGCCGUUCGUGAGAGGGGGGAAGGGGAUGGGGAAGGGGACAGGGAAGGGGACAGGGAAGGGGACAGGGAAGGGGACAGGGAAGGGGACAGGGAAGGGGACAGGGAAAGGGGACGGGAAGGGGCAUGCCUAAACCCCAUGCCGGUGUUCAAGGGAGUGAGGGCGGCACAGUGGCCAGCCAUGAGCAGGGCGAGUCUGAGGGCCUUCCCUUACGUGUCUGACCGCCUCGCUCUUUCUAUUUCCCCACCACCCCGAUUCCUCCCUGCCCCCAGGUACGUUCCCAUGAAGGCGUGUCUGAACCCUGUCCCGGCCUUUAAAGCAUGCCUGAAUCCCGUGCCGGCGUUCAAGGGUAUGCGGGCGGCGCAGUGGCCAGCCAUGGGCAGGGCGAGGCUGAGGGCCGUGCCUGCGUGGCUGCAGAUGCUCAAACGAGGGGUGUUCGGUGGGCCCGCUGUUGCUGAGAUGAAACGCGACCAGAUCCACUGGAAGAAGGUGGUUGCGUUCUACGAUGCUUCUUUUGGCAUCGACUGGGGCACAGUGCGGAACGUGAUGGACAUGAACGCUCACUAUGGCGGCUUCGCAGCAGAGCUGGCAGUGUCAAAGAAGCCCCUGUGGGUGCUGAACGUGGUGCCGACAAGUGGCCCCGACUCGCUUCCGAUAGUGUUUGAGCGUGGGCUGGUGGGCAUCUACCACGACUGGUGCGAGUCAUUCAACUCGUACCCGCGCUCCUAUGACUUUCUGCACGCUGACCAUACCAACGGGCUGGUGGGCAUCUACCACGACUGGUGCGAGCCGUUCAACUCGUACCCUCGCUCCCACGACAUGCUUCACGCCGAUCAUACUGUCUCACAGGAGGUUGGCAGGUGUGACAUCACCGCUGUGCUGCCCGAGAUGGAUCGUCUGCUCCGCCCGGAGGGGAGGCCGUGUUCCGCGACCAUACCCGCAUGGGGGGGUCGUUUCAUGCCUUGUCCCUCCGUUUUUUUACAACUGUGUGACAUCACGUCUGUGCUGCUCGAGAUGGAUCGUCUGCUUCGCCCAGAGGGCUGGGCAGUGUUCCGUGACCAUACCCGCAUGGGGGGGUCUAUCCUCAACAUCGCAACAUCCUUCCGCUGGCGCCUCAAGUUCAACAAGACCGAGGGCGGAGAGGUGCUGCUGGCGUUCCAAAAGGGCUUCUGGCGACCCAAGGAAGCAGAGGAGGAGGCAGCUUGA